AUGGAAGUGGAUGAACCUCAAACACACACAAAUAUAAUGAGAAAAAUGAUUAUUUCUUAUUUCGAUUGUCCAUCAGCACUUUGGGCAAUUUUUGUCACUGGGAAUUAUUGCUCCUGCACACAAGACAAAAUUUUAUUUUCAAUUUUUAUUAAAAUGUAUAUUGAUACCUAUUUUUUUCGGAAAAAUCGUGCUGAGAAAAAUUGCUAG